AUGUGUGAUCAUCCUAUUCCCGGCGAGCGAUCAGGCACCGUGUGGACUGCUCUGGCCCACAUCAUCACCGCCGUGAUCGGAUCCGGCGUGCUGACGUUGGGAUGGAGCUUGUCCCAGCUCGGAUGGAUUGCCGGCCCCUUCACCAUGCUCGCAUUCUCAUCGGUUACCCUAGCCUCCGCCCUUCUACUCUGCAAUUGCUACAAAUGGAGUGAUCCCAACACUGGCGUGUUGUACAGAAAUGGGUCAUACCUGGAUGCUGUCCACAGGAUUCUUGGGAAGAAGAAUGCAUAUGUGUGUGGUGUUAUUGUUCGGAUAAAUUUCAUCAAGCUGGGCAUUGUCUACACUAUUACAUCCUCCCUAAGCAUGAGAGCAAUUCAAAAAUCAAACUGCUACCAUAAGCUAGGGCAUGAAGCUUCUUGCAACUAUGGUAACACCUACUACAUGCUUAUAUUUGGACUCAUCCAAGUGUUUGUGUCUCAAAUACCUGAUUUCCGGAACACCGAGUGGCUCUCCGUCACAGCAGCAAUCAUGUCCUUCGCCUAUGCCAGCAUCGGUACAGGGCUUGGUCUGGCCAAAGUCAUAGAAAAUGGAGAAAUAAAAGGGAGCAUCUCAGGAAUGCCGGUUGUUCACGCUGAAAAUAAAGUAUGGUUGGUCUCUCAGGCACUUGGGGACAUUGCUUUCGCUUUCCCGUUCUCGGUUAUAUUCCUGGAAAUAAUGGAUACACUCAAGCCUUACCCGGUCGAGAAGGUCACCAUGAAGAAGGCAUCGAUAAUGGCAGUUUGCAUCACAUUGUUCUUCAACUUAUGCUGUGGAGGAUUCAGCUAUGCAGCUUUUGGUAACUUCACUCCCGGGAACCUCCUGAGUGGCUUUGGGUUCUACGAGCCCUACUGGCUCGUCGACUUUGCCAAUGUCUGCGUCGUCCUGCAUCUUGUGGGAGGGUACCAGGUGUUCACUCAGCCUAUGUACGCAAGCAUCGAGAAGUUCUUUACUGAGAAGUACCCCAACAGUGCAUUUGUUCACGGCCAGCUGAAGCAAAUGCCGGGCCUGCGACUGAAUCUCAUGAGGCUGUGCCUUAGAACUUCUUACGUCGGAUUAACAACAGGGUUCUCGAUGCUUUUCCCUUACUUCAACCAAGUUGUGGGAGUCGCAGGCGCAGUCAACUUCUGGCCGGUGGUUGUGUAUUUCCCGGUGGAGAUGUAUCUGGCGCAGAAGAAUAUCGCUCCUCGGACGAGGAAAGCCAUCCUUCUUCGAAUCUACAGCUUUGUAACAUUGGCUGUCAUUCUCUUUGCCUUUGUUGGCUCCAUUAAAAGCCUCAUUGCAGCUCGGUUCAGCUGAAAUCAAGAAAUGUUUUAGCUCGCGCUGUGUUAUCUAAAAAUGCGCAUAGAAUUCUCCAAGAAUAAAUAAAUAAAUAGAUUUUAGGUGAGACGAUCAUUGUGACGAGAGAAACAGACGUAACAACAUAUCCUUGCAAGAGUCGAGUAAGCUGUACAUACAAAUACAUACAUAUAUAUAUAGAGAGAGAGAAUGUGUGUGUAUAUGAUAUGAUUAAAUUCCGACCAGACCCUCUUGCAGGAAGCCUUUGCAAUGUAUGUCAAGAAUGAUUACUUUAGCAUAUAU